AUGUCAAUGAAACGUUUUGGAAAAGCGGCAUACCGUAUCGCAAACGAGGUCCUGGCACGAAACACAAUAAUCCGACUCUGGUGGCCGCGAAUAUUUCCGAUUUCGCAUAAUUUGGGAGCACAUGUUGUGUUGAGGAAUGCUGGAAAUGCUGGAAGACAGACGACUUUUCGAUUGGUGAGUGGGGGUUAAUAUGAGCAAUGCGGGAAAAAUUGAAAUUAAUAUGAGCAAUGCCUGAAAACUUGAUAAUUUUUUUCCAGAAGAAGAAAUAUAAUCUUGAAAAUUAACCCGCGAAAAUUAGGUUUCAAAAAUUUUAGUUAAACAAAUUUUGAAAAAAAAAUUCGAUAAUGAUUUUCUUGAAAUUUAUUGAUUUCAUAAUGAAGAAGGAAAUUGAGAGCUAAAAAUUGAAGUUCGAAAACUUGGAAAUUUUGGUGAAAACUAUUUUUGGAAAAAAUUCACCUUGAAAAUUGACCCGCGAAAAUUAGGUUUCAAAAAUUUCAGAUAGAAAAUUUUGAAAAAAAAAAAUCAAUGAUAUGAAAUUAUUUUAGAACUUAAAUUCAAAAAAUUUGAAAUUUUGGUGAAAACUAUUUUCCGGAAACAAAUUCACCUUGAAAAUUAUCCCGCGAAAAUUAGGUUUCAGAAAUUUUAGUUGAAAAAAUUUUGAAAAACAAAUUCGAUAAUCAUUUCGUGAAUUUUAUUGAUUGCACAAUGAACAAUAAAUAAGACAAUUUUAGGCACCAAAAAUUAAAAUUCAAAAAUCUAAAAAAAAAUUGGAAAUUUUGGUGAAAACUAUUUUUUGAAGAUAAUUCACCUUGAAAAUUAUUCCGCGAAAAUUAGGUUUCAAUAAUUUUAGUUGAAAAAUUUUGAAAAAAAAUCAAUGAUAUGGAAUGCAUUUAGAAGUUAAAUUCAAAAAAUUUACUAACAAUAGGAAAUUUAGGCCAAACCUACUUUUUGGAAGAAAGUUCACCCUGAAAAUUAACCCGCGAAAAUUAGGUUUCAAGAAUUUUAGUCGAAAAAUUUUGAAAAAAAAAUUCGAUGAGCAAUGGUUGGUAGUGGAAAAAUUUUAGCGCGAAAAUUCAAAAUUCAAAAAAUUUACUUGCAAUAAGAAAUUUAGGCCAAAACUAUUCUUUGGAAAAAAAUUCACCUUGAAAAUCUAGGCCAAAACUACAUAAAAAUCCAAACAUUUUCAGACCAAAUUGAUUGCUCGAAAUGGUCGAAUAUUCCGUCCAUUUUCCUCGAUUCUCAUCGAAAAAAAUCGCCUUGCCAACAACAAAAACCUCCUAAAACAUCGCAAAUUUCAUCCAGUAUUCGCCAAAAGACCCGCGAAAUAUGCAGAUUUUCUGGCGAGAAUUCGCAAAUUAUUCGGCGAAAAUGCGAGAUAUAAUGAGGAUUUGAGAGCCGCUGAGAUGCCGCGACGAAUUGAUGAAUACGAAUUCGGCGAGUUCUUGGGACAAGGCUGUAAUGCGGCGGUUUAUGAGGCGAAAUUGGCGGGGGAAAAUGGAAAUAGCAGAGGAAUUGGUGGAGGAUUUAAUGAGGUGACUGAGAUUUUGAGGAAGAAUUCGAGAAGACCUAGUUCGGAUAUGGAAUUUCGAAUGAAUGUGAGUGUUUUUGGCCUGGAAAUUGUGAAGAAAAUGAGCUGGAAAUGCUGAAAAUCGAAAUUUUCCUCAUUUUUUUUUUUUGGAAAAUUUUCAGAAAAGUGUGUUUUUAGGCUGAAAAUGACAAAUUCGGAUUUUUGGAGAUUCUGAAAACUUGAAAAAUUCGGAAAAUUCGUCAAAUUUUGAUCUGAAAAUAGAACAACUGAAAUUUUCCUGAAUUUACUGUUUUUCAGAGCUUUCGAGCAAAAAAUAUGGGAUUGUCAAAGAGCCACCCCUUGAGAGCUUGUAUGUCAAGGAUCCGCGCCUAGAGAUCCUAGUUCUCAAGUAGCCGCGCCUAGAAAAUUCAAUUGUCAAGGAGUGACCCCUUGAGAGCUGAUAUGACAAGAGGCCAGUCCUUGAGAACUCAUAUGUCAAGGAGCCGCGCCUAGAGAUCCACUCUAGAGAGGAGCCACGCCUAGAAGUCCUGGUUCUCAAGCAGCCACCCCUUGAGAGCCUAGUUGUCUAGCAUUCGCAUCUAGGCAUCCUCUCUCGCAAGCAUCAGCGCCUAGGAAGCUUAGUUUUCAAGGAGCCGCACCUAGAGCGAUUCAAGUUCAAAUUUUCAGCAACUUGUUCAGAUUCCAGCAAAACCCCGCCCAUUUUUUCCAGAAAUACCCGCUGGCCAUCAAAUUAAUGUUCAAUUACGACCACGACAAAUCCGGCGAAAAUCAUCUCUGGGAAACAAUGGGCAACGAAUUAGCCGCCUACCCAAAAGCUCUUCAAUUAAUCAAAAACGGCCAUUUCGGAACAUCUACGAAUUUCCAGCCGCUGCCCAAAAAACAUCCAAACAUCGUGAGAAUCACCACGGCCUUCAUUGAUACUUUGAAAAUUCUACCGGAUGCUGUUGAGAGAUAUCCAGAUGCACUGCAUACUGCAAGAUGGUAUGAGGCAAUUACGGCAACUCCCAAGACUAUGUAUAUUGUUAUGAGGAGAUAUCGACAGACUUUGCAUGAUUAUGUUUGGACACAUCAUCGGAAUUAUUGGACUGGGAGGUGAGGAGAGAUUUUUAGCUCGAAAUUUGAAUUUCUUAACAAAUUUUCCUGAGAUUUUUGCUUGGAAAUCCUGAAAAUCCACUCAUUUCAGCCAAAUUUCAGCCAAAAAAUUCAGAAUUUCAGCCAAAAUUCAAUUUUGCAGAGUUAUGAUGGCACAAUUAAUGGAAGCCUGUACAUAUUUACACGAGAAUUGUGUUGCGCAACGAGACAUGAAAAGUGACAAUAUUUUGUUGCAUUAUGAUUAUGAAGGUGGGUGAAUUUUGGAAAUCUGGAGAUUCUGAAGCUUUCUGAAGGCUCUAAAAUUCUUCUGGAGCCUUCUAAAGCUUUCUGAUGACUUCUGAAGCCUUUUGAAUCUUUCUGGGACAUUCUGAAGGCUCCAGAAUUCUUCUGAAGCCUUCUGGGGGCUUCUGAAGACCUAUCACGGCUUUUGAAGGCUUCUGAAAUUUCUAAAAUGUGCUUUUUGAAGCCACCAAAUUUCUUCUGAAACCUCCUCAAGCCUUCUGGAAUAUUCUGAAGCUUCUAGAAUUUUUCUGAACCCUCUAAAAUUCUUUCAAAGCCUUCUGAAGCCUUCUGACAAUUUCUGAAGUCUCUAGAAUUUUUCUGAAGCCUUAUGGACUAUCCUGGAGCUCUCCGAAACUUUCUGAAUCUUUCUAAAGCUUUCUGAAGCCUUCUGAGGCCUUCUGGGGGCUUCUAGAUGCUUCUGAAGCUUUCUAAAGCCUUCUGGAGCCUUCUGAAGUCUCUAAAAUUUUUCUGAAGUCUUCUAAAGCCUUCUGGGGGCUUCUCAAGGCUUCUGAAGGCCUAUUACUGGUUUUGAAGGCCUCUGGAUGCUUCUGGUGGUUUUUGAAGCCUUCUUCUGAAGCUUCUGAUCUUCUUCCAAAGCCUUCUGAAGCCUUUUAAAGUCUCUAAAAUUUUUCUGAAGCCAUCUAAAGCCUUCUGGAGCCUUCUGAGUCUCUAGAAUUGUUCUGAAGCUUUCUGAAGUCUUCUAAAAUUCUUAUGAAGCUUUCUGAAGUCUUCUGAAGCCUCUAAAACUCUUCUAAAUGCAACAUUUUCAACAAAAAAACUUCAUAAAAACCAAGUUUUUCAAAAACAUCGGAAUAUUUAUACCAAUUUUUCGAAAAUUAAUAAAUAAUUUUGCAUUGCAUUUCAUGAAUUCUCAAUAUGUUCUCAUAAAUCUUGAUAAAUUGUCUAGAAUGCUCCAAACUGCAAUAUGUUCCAAAAACCGCAUCGGAACAUUGUUCGACGUGGAUUUUCUUGAUACCACAGAUUUUAUUACUCCACUUAAACAUUCCUGAUUUUUCGCAUUGUUCAUCAAAUUGUCCCCAAUUCUUAUAAUUCAUCACAACUUUAACUGCACAAUCAAUAAAAAAAUCACUGGCCAAAAAUUUGCGAAUUGGACAAUAGUUUCGAAGAUCGGCAAAAUAUUGAGUGUCUCCUUAUUCACCAUUACAUCUUCUGGAGACUUCAGCACAGUAUUUGUGAUUGUCACAAGCUGCUUGAUCUUUGAGACCAUUUCUGUAUUCUAGUGCAGUAAAAUUAGAUGAUAACGGCAUUCUUACAAUCAUUUGAUUGCAUUUUUGUAGUUCGGACUUGUCACAUGUUGGAUUAGCUGAGAUAAUCGAGAAAAAUGAAAGGAUCACGAAAAUUUUGAGCAUUCUUCUUAAUGAAUUAAUAUAAUAGUUUGAAGGCUUUUAUAAUUUUUUAAUUUUGAACUAUAUUUCGUUUUUUAGCGAAAGAGUGACGAAUCAAUACAUUAAUCAGCGAAGAAAAAUUUGAAAAAUGUUUUUUGUGUCUAGAAUUAUCUGAAAACAACGAAAACCAACAGAAAAUUUCAUAGGAGAACUGAAUUUUGAUUAAUUUCAAUUUGAAAAUAAUUUUCAAAAUCUAAAUUUUCUAUCAAACCCCAAAAUUUUCUUAUAAAACCUCUAAAAUUCUUCUGAAGCCUCUAAAAAUAUUCCUAAGCCUUCUGAGACUUUUUGGAGCUUUCUGAAGCCUUCUGAAGCCUUGUGAAGCCUACAAAAUUUUCCUGAAGGUUUCUGGAGCCUUCUGAAGCCUCUAAUAUUUUUCCAAAGCCUUCUGAUGUCUUAUGAAGUUUGCUAAAGCCUCUAAAAUUUAUCCAAAGCUUUUUGAGACCUUCUGAAGUCUUCUAAAAUCUUCUGGAGCCUUCUGAGACAUUCUGGAGCUUUCUGAAUCUUUUUGAAGCCUCUAAAAUUCUUCUGAAGCUCUCUGAAGCUUUCUGAAGCCUCUAAAAUGUUUCUGAAGCCUCUAAUAGUCUUCUGGAGCGUUCUGGAGCCUUUUGAAGCCUCUAAUAUUUUUCCAAAGCCUUCUGAAGCCUUAUGAAGUUUGCUGAAGCCUUCUAAAGCGUUCUGAAGCCUUAUGAAGUCUCUAGAAUUUUUAUGAAGUCUUCAGAAGCCUUCUGGAGCCUUCUGAAGACUUCUAGAUGCUCCUGAAGCUUUCUGAAGCCAUUUUCCAUUUUCCAGACGAGAUUCCGCAACUCGUCAUCGCCGACUUCGGCUGUGCUCUCGCCACCGGCUCCUGGCUCGUCGACUAUCCCCACGAAGACAUCUACCUCGGCGGAAAUCGUCGAACUCGAGCGCCCGAAAUCCUCGCCGCUCGCCCGGGCCCACGUCAACAAGUCGAUUUCGAGCUAGCUGAUACUUGGGCUGCCGGUGGAUUGAGUUACGAGAUCUUGACGCGCACCAAUCCAUUUUAUAAGCAAUUCGAUGCGGAAACUUAUAAUGAGCAAGAAUUGCCGAUUUUGCCGAAGCGGGUGCAUUUUGUGGCACGUCAAGUUGUGGAGGAUUUGUUGAAACGCGAGAAGAAACAGCGAAUUCGCCCGAAUAUCGCAGCAAAUGCGCUGAAUUUGUCAUUGUUUCGAAUGGGUGAAGAUGUGAAAUCGAUGCUGGAGAAAUGCGGAAUCUCGAAAUUAUCCACGAUUUUGGCGCCGAGCAGGAAAGAGGGGAAGAUUGGAGCGAAAAUGGAAGAGGGAUUGGAUAAGGUGAUUGGAUUGAUUACGGCCGAGACGAUUGUUGGCAAUUUGGCACCGCAUUUGAUUACGAGAGCUGAAAGGCAGGUGAGGAUGGUCUAGAAAAUAAAGGGGGACUAGAAUUUACGGAUGUGGAAAACUAGUCCCUCUUGGAUGUUUUAGGUUAAAAGUGAAAUUCGAGCUGAAAAUCUAAAUUUUUGAUUAAAAAAUGCUCAAAAUUCAUGAUUUUAGAGAAAUUUUCAGUAAAAAAUUUGAUUUUCUAAUGAUUUUCAGCAUUUCUUGAGCUGAAAUUUGCCCUGGAAAUUUGAAUUUUUAUGAAAUCCCAAAACUGUUUUUAAAAAAUUCUGAAAACCCGAAUUUUUCAACAAAAAAAAUCACUGUUUCAAAAUUUUUUAAAUAAAAAAAAUUGAAUUAUUUUAUGAUAUCAUAUUUCUUCAACAGAAAAAAAAUAAUUUUACCCCAAAAAAUAUUCGAAAAACCACAAUUUUUCAAUUCCAAUUUUUUGAGCUGAAAUUUGCUCUGAAAAUCAAUCUAGAAAUCUAAAUUUUUAUGAAAUCCUGAAUUUUUCAACAAAAAAAAUCACUGUUUCAAAACUUUUUGAAUAAAAAAAAUUAAAUUAUUAUUAUUUUUCUUUUUUGAUAUUCCUGCUCCAUUGAUAAUUAUGAGCAAUUUUCAGUAAAAAAUUCGAUUUUCUGAGGUGGAAAACUAGUCCCUUCUGGAUUUUUUCGAUGAAUUGAACGAGGGACUAGAAUUUACAAAAGCCGUGGCCUAGAAACUAAAUCACUGAUUUUUCCAGCUGCGCGCCACAUUUUUGUCUCGCCUCAACCGCGACGAUAUCUGGAAAAGCCUCCAAUACUUCUUCCCCACCGAAAACACUGUAAAUAAUCAUCUGGACUCGAUGGAUUCGGGCUCAAUUGCCACGUUGGUCUCCUCAUUUGCCACGUCAUCGGCUGAAAGUCAAGAAAAUCUGAAAAUCGAACCGAAGAAGAUCUUCAAACCUCAGGUCAUUCGAACCGAUUCGACUGGAAUUUUGCAGAGAAUCAGAUCGAAAUAA